CGAGAGUGUGUGGCAUCGCUUCGGUCCGCGUGCGCGCCGCGAGAUUAUUCAAUCGCGUCCUCGGCGUCGUCGUCGGCGUCGAUGUGCCUUGUGUGUCUUAACAAACAACAACAACAACAACAACAUCAACACCCACGUGGCGAUGUUUUAAAAAUUAAUUAAUUAAUUAACAGUGUCCACACACGAUCUAUCAUGGAUUAUACUAAAAAGCGUGCGCAGUUCGUCGUGGUCGAAGAAUAAGUCUGAAUCGUUGUGUUGUUGAAAAUUGAUAAGGCUAUUGAUAAUACUACACACAAAUACGUACGAUGAACGUGUUCAAAAUAGAGCCCGCGAUGACGGGCACGCUCGGCGGUUGUCCGGCGCCGUCCCCAGACAAGUUGUCGCCGGACGUGUCCUUCGACGCCGGUUCGGAGUUUAAUCUGAGCUUCUUCGACACGCCGGAGGACAGCAGCACGCAGGGAUUCAGCGAUCCGGGCUCGGUGGGCUCGACGUCUGCGGCGGGAUCGCCGCCACCGCCGCCGAAUGCCUUGCUGCAUAUGCCGCCGCAGACGGCGAGCGCCGCCGCCAGUCCGAGCGCUUCGUCGGCUGGUAGUAGUCCGAUUGUACUCUCGCCGCCGGCCACCGGCACCGCCAACAACAAUGUCGUUAUCAAGCAAGAUCAACAUUAUGUCGCUGCGGAUUCAAACAGCUCGGCGACGACAAAGUCCUUCGUGCCCUGCAAAGUGUGCGGCGACAAGGCGUCGGGCUACCACUACGGCGUUACGUCGUGCGAAGGAUGCAAGGGUUUUUUUCGACGCAGCAUACAGAAGCAGAUCGAGUAUCGCUGCCUGCGCGAUGGCAAAUGUCUGGUGAUACGUUUGAAUAGGAAUAGAUGUCAAUAUUGUCGAUUUAAGAAAUGUCUCGCUGUUGGAAUGUCGAGGGAUUCUGUAAGAUAUGGUAGGGUGCCAAAACGUUCUCGGGAACGCAGCACAGAGGAAGCAUCACGCGUUUCCACCACAGAUGCGGAUCAAUCCGAUGCGGAAACGAAGCAACUUGCUGUCUACGACGUUAUCCUGACUGUGUCGCAGGCGCAUCAUGCGAACUGCGGUUACACGGAGGAGCACACUCGAAAUUUAGUACGAAAACCGCUUGGUGAGAUGCCUGCGAGUCCACAGGAGGAUAUUGCGGAUGCGGCCUCUUCGACAGCGGAUAGCAUUGAGCUGCAGCGUUGUUGGUUGUGGCAGGAAUUAGCUGCGAAUGUGACGCCGAGCGUGCAGCGCGUGGUAGAAUUUGCGAAACGCGUGCCCGGGUUCUGCGAUCUGGGUCAGGAUGAUCAGCUGAUACUGAUCAAAAUCGGAUUUUUUGAGAUCUGGCUCAGUCAUGUCGCGAAACUCACCUCGGGAGCGUCGAUGGUUUUCGACGAUGGGACAACUGUUAGUCGACAACAGUUGGAAACUAUGUAUGAUGCUGAUUUUGUCACGUCCAUUAUCCAUUUCGCCAGCACAUUUAACGCGCUUGCGUUGAACGACACGGAAUUGGGAUUAUUUUCCGCUGUGGUGUUACUCACAGCCGAUCGGCCCGGCAUCACCGAUGUCAAAACGAUAGAACAUUAUCAGGAUAAACUUAUAGAAGCACUUAAAGUACAGGUGGGUCGUAAUCAUGCAAACGAACCACAACUCUUCUCGAAUCUGCUGAUAAAACUCCCCGAGCUGCGCAAUCUAGGCGCAAAGCACACGGCACACCUGGACUGGUUUCGUCUGAACUGGUCCAAACUGACGCUGCCGCCGCUCUUCGCCGAAAUCUUCGACAUUCCCAAGUGCGAGGACGACUUGCAGUGAGGAAGCAGCACUGUAGAUGUUUAUCGGAGGCUUACGUGGGCUUUUGCAUCUGUAUAAUUCCUACACAUGCCUCAUCUUGCUCAAAAAACUUAGUAACCAAUAAGGAAACCUUCAUAUACAAUUAUGUAAGCGGUACGCGGUGUAGGAUGCAACAAGUACAAGAAAAAAAAGUGGAACCAAACUUAUUUCUAGGCGAUUAUAAGAAACGUGGUGGGAAAACGAGACACGAAGACGUGAAACAUUACAUUUCAUAUCACACACACACACAUAAAAGUUUGCUAGAAACAAAAUGGCGGACAAAAUGAUAACUUACUUAAUAUAUAACUAUAUAGUAAGAGAGAGUUCAAUUAGAUAACAGGGUCGUUAAUAUGUUAGUUAAGCAAUAAUUAUUGUCGAAUCGAUGAAUUGAAAAGUGAGAAACAAAAAGGUAACAAUCUGAUCAUUAGCAAUACUAAUCACAAACAAAAUGGAGCAAUGAAUUGAAUAAUCACAAUCAUCGCAAUUUGUAUCAGAAUAAUAGUCCUAUAUCACUGUUUAAAAUUCAUGCUACACAAGAGAAGAAUACUAUCAUUAAUUUUACCUUUAAUGUGUGUCCAAGACUGUUAUCCUGAAAACAGUUGUGAUAGAAAUAUGAAGUAAAAUGUAUGCAACUCGACAUAUCAGCGAAGCGAAGAGAAAAAGCGAAAGAUGAGAAAAACUGUAAAAAUUACUUUAAACCUGUUUUGCAGUCUGCUCCAAAAUAUAUAACAUAGAUUUCUAUCUUGUACAUAAGAUAUAAUACUUAUUACUUACAUGCAUAAUUACGAUUAAUUGUUGAGAGAUUGUAAAAUUUAUUUAAAUUUCGGUGUGGACUACAACUAUCAUCACUAUAUCAGCCAUUUUGUUGUUUUUUGAGAUCAUCGGCAAUAAGCGCGACAUUCAAAAUGUGUUUUACACUAAGGACUAAGAUUUUACUAAGAUGACUUUACAAUGAUGAUGAAUUGCGGAGACGGACGAGAAUACGUGAAGUAACAAUCAUAUCCUACAUAUUUGACGAAUGUAAAAAAAAGACAAACGUUUAUGGAAGACGUAUCAUAAUAUGUAUUAUUACAAUUUAAAUUUAACACUAAAACUUAACGUUGCAAAUACUGUAAAAGAUAACAUUGGAUGGUUUUUAGAGCGUUUAAUAUAAAAGGCGUGUGUUACAAGCGUUGGAAAUCUCUACGUAGAGUACAAAAGUGAUUUUUUAUAUAGAAGAGAACGAAAUCGAUAUAAAUAUUGAUGAUGAUGAUGAUGAUCAUGAUGACAAUUAUUAUUAAAUGUUGUUUGAGGCUGUAUAGUUUCUUCACCUUUUUGGUGUGCGUUAAUCGGUAGCCAUUUCAAUGUUUAGACGCAGACAAUUGAACAAAUUUUAAACUAUUUGACUGACUGCACUCUGUUUUAUCUUUGUUCGGGGCGAAACAAAAGACACUAAUGUACUUAUUAUUUCACGUACUUAUACUAUGGUAGUUGUUUAGCGCGAAUCUUAACUAGUGUGUUAUAUAUAUAUAAUUUGUUAUAUUUUAAGUUUUUAAUUUUAGUUUGACGAUUGUGUACAUUUAACCUUUCGAUUCCGGUGUUCCACUGCCUCUGUCGCAUCAAAUAUUGUAAUUAUAUCCAUUGAUAUAAAUAUUCGGUAUGCCAUUUUUUAUAAGACGAUUAUUAUUUAUUAUAAAUGUAGUUUAAGCAUAAUUACUUUAGCAGAACGUGAAAAAGACACUACACAUACGACACAGACACAGAAACACACGACAUAGAAAUUUUAAUUAUAAAUUAUGUGCUCAUAUUUAUACAAUUAAGUCGCGAUGAGGUCUGCGAGGAUAAAUCUCUAUUGAUAUGAUACUAUGAAUGUUAAAUCGUUGUUAUUACUCUUGUUUAUUCUAUUGAAUUUUAUAUAUUGAUUGUUUACACGCGCACUAUUUGCAGUAAUCUUUUUUUAUUAUGUAUGUAUUUUGAUUUAUUUAAUUUUUUGAGAUUAUUAUUAAUACCAUGUUUCGUGGAGCGAUGCUAAGUUAUCGGAAUUAUUGUGGCAGGACGUUAUACUGUAAGAGUUUUAAAUAUUUUGUAUAGUUUUUAGUCGUCGGAGGAACAAAAACGCAUUUGUUACAAAAAUGAUUGAUGCAUAUUGUAAAUUAUUAUCAAUAUUGAUAUUAUUUUGCAAAAGUAAACAAAUUCCUAUCAA